GGCACCCUUCGGCGAGCGCUGUUUGUUUAGGGCUCGGUGAGUCCAAUCAGGAGCGCAGGCUGCAGUUUUCCGGCAGAGCAGUAAGAGGCGCCUCCUCUCUCCUUUUUAUUCACCAGCAGCGCAGCAGACCCCGGACUCGCGCUCGCCUUGCCUGCGCCCUCGGCUUCUCUCCGCGCUCGAGAGCACCCUCCGCCGCGGCCGUUCUCCAUGCGCGGCUCCCACCCGAGCAGCUAGAAGUCAGCUUGCAGCGGCGCCGGACCGUGGAUGGCCUUGACUGACGGCGGCUGGUGCCUGCCGAAGCGCUUCGGGGCCGCGGCUGCGGACGCCAGCGACUCCGGAGCCUUUACCGCACGGGAACUCUCUACGCCGCCUUCCCCCAUCUCCUCCUCUUCCUCCUCCUGCUGCUCUCGGGGUGGGGAACGCGGCCCCAGCGGCGCCAGCAGCUGCAGGACGCCACAGCUCGAAACGGAGACGGCGGCGGGACCCCCGGCCCGAUCGCUGCUGCUUAGCCCCUACGCCUCGCAUCCCUUUGGGGCCCCCCACGGACCUUCGGCGCCCGGGGUCGCUGGCCCCGGGAGCGCCCUGUCGAGCUGGGAGGACCUACUGCUCUUCACUGACCUCGACCAGGCCGCGACCGCCAGCAAGCUGCUGUGGUCCAGCCGCGGCGCCAAGCUGAGUCCGUUCGCACCCGAGCAGCCGGAGGAGAUGUACCAGACCCUCGCCGCCCUCUCCAGCCAGGGGCCGGCCGCUUACGACGGCGCCCCCGGGGGCCACGCAGCGGCCGGCGGCGGGGGUGCGGGCGGCGUGAGCGGUGGCGGCGGCAGUAGCUUGGCGGCCAUGGGCAGCCGCGAGCACCAGUAUAGCUCGCUGUCCGCCGCGCGGCCGCUGAACGGGACAUACCACCACCAUCACCACCACCACCCGAAUCCCUAUUCGCCCUACGUGGGUGCGCCGCUGACGCCUGCCUGGCCUGCCGGACCCUUCGAGACCCCGGUGCUGCACAGCCUGCAGACUCGCGCCGGAGCCCCUCUCCCGGUGCCGCGGGGCCCCAGCGCAGACCUGCUGGAGGACAUGACCGAAAGUCGCGAGUGCGUGAACUGCGGCUCCAUCCAGACGCCGCUCUGGCGGCGGGACGGCACCGGCCACUACUUGUGCAACGCCUGCGGUCUCUACAGCAAGAUGAACGGCCUCAGCCGGCCCCUCAUCAAGCCGCAGAAGCGAGUGCCUUCCUCCCGGCGGCUUGGAUUGUCCUGUGCCAACUGUCGCACCACAACCACCACUUUGUGGCGCAGAAACGCUGAGGGUGAACCUGUGUGCAAUGCUUGUGGACUCUACAUGAAACUCCAUGGGGUGCCUCGACCGCUUGCUAUGAAAAAAGAGGGAAUUCAAACCAGGAAACGAAAACCUAAGAACAUAAAUAAGUCAAAGGCUUGCUCUGGUAAUAGCAAUAAUUCUGUUCCUAUGACUCCAACUUCCACCUCUUCUAACUCAGAUGAUUGCAGCAAAAAUACUUCUCCUACAACACAACCUACAGCCUCAGGGGCGGGUGCCCCGGUGAUGUCUGGCGCAGGAGAAAGCACUAACCCAGAGAACAGCGAGCUCAAGUACUCAGGUCAAGAUGGGCUGUAUAUAGGUGUCAGCCUGGCCUCGCCAGCCGAAGUCACGUCCUCUUCGGUGAGACAGGAUUCAUGGUGCGCACUAGCCCUGGCCUGAGCCCGCUGCUGGGAGCGGGAGGGCCCUCGGGACCUACAGUGAUUCUGUCACCCCGUCCAAACUAGGGUGAAUAUGCUGACAGAACAUUCCUCUGAUGCAUAAUUUCCGUGCCUUUAUUUUGAAAGAGAUGCAU